GAUCGGGUCACUAUGCCACCCAGUGCAGGCACCGUAAGGCUUGUCUUUGUCGCCUUUAUUGUCCUCCAAGCUUUACUCUGGUCGCAAGGUCGAUAUGGAUCAUCUCCGUCGCAUAACGUUCUCAUCGGCUUAAUGAAGCGAAGCGUCGGCGGCGAUGAAUGUACUCCGCUUUCCGUACCCAUCGCCGAGCAAUGCGCACAUGUCCAAGAAAAUUGCGAUGUAUCACACACCGUUCUUUCUAUUCCAUAUCUCCAAAAUUACUUCUGCUCAGCACCGCCUGUCCGUCCUCUUGUGUUCGGCGGACUACUUCUCUGGCUUGUAUUCCUCUUCAGCACCUUAGGAAUAAGUGCUUCGGACUUCUUCUGUCCGAACCUUGCGACACUUGCUUCACGUCUUGGACUCGACGAGAACGUUGCGGGUGUAACCUUCCUUGCGCUCGGAAACGGUUCUCCCGAUGUGUUUAGUACAUUCUCCGCUAUGCGUGCCGGUGCCGGUGCACUUGCGAUUGGUGAGCUCCUCGGAGCAGCAAGCUUUAUUGUGUCUGUCGUGGCAGGGACGAUGUGCAUUAUUCGUCCUUUCUCUGUGGAUGCUCGACCAUUUUUGCGCGAUGUGGGCUUCUUCACAGCUGCAGUCGCAUUACUCCUUGUAAUCCUAUGGGACGGAGAAAUUCUGGCCUGGGAGGCGGGAAUACUUAUUGCUCUCUACAUCCUAUAUGUUAUGACUGUAAUCGUGGGGAGUUGGUGGGACAGACGACAAUUUCGACGAAAACAGCUCGAGGCCAUCGUCCGCAGCGAAUACGCGGAUGGAGAGGUGCCGGAGCCGUAUAGAGAUGAUCCUUCCGAAUACCUCUCCGUUCCUUCACCGACACCCCCAAGAACUCGAGCACACUCUAGUCCUGCCGCGCCGCCAACACUGGGAAUCGAAACUGCGCAACUCCGACCCCGACCACACUCCCGAUCUCCAUCUCCGACUCCUGCACCUCAAAUAACGCAAAUGCCAUCAUUCUCCCUUGUGGGUGCCCUUGAGUUCCGACAGGUCGUCAGUUCACUACAGCAACAAUCUGCUGGAGCCGCUCUCAGUGCAUUUGAAAGCCCGGUCUCGCCAUAUAUUGGUGGACAUUAUCACUCACACUCACACUCACAUUCCCGUUCCCCGUUGGUGCUCUCACGGCGUGCUUCCUCGCAGUCCAGUCACUCGAUAGCAAGUCAGGAGCAUUGGGACGACGCACUGCCCUUGCAUUCACGAUCCCCUCGUUCGCAAACUCUUGCUUUACAAGAUACAGAAGGAGAGACAGCAAGUGCACCCGCGAAUCUCUCCGUCCCUCCAAGCAGCGAUACUCAAAUCCCUGUAAUUUCUACCAUUCCGGCAUCACCUAGCUCAGAAUCUUCUUUCGAUUCUGGCAAUUUUCUGUCUUCACCAUAUUCCAAGAGGCAACGUGUUGUACAUGUGUUUGGGCAUACCAUGCAUGUGCUCUUCCCAACCCUACACCACUUCCGUGAUAAGUCAGCACUUGGAAUGAUUGCAUCCGUACUUGCGGCGCCUGCGGUUUUCUUCCUCACGGUAACUCUCCCCGUGCAGGUCACACCACGUGGAGAUGUUGAUUCAGAGGAAAAAAUAGGUGCAAAGAAAGUGACUAUAGAAGUCCCCGAAGGUCGUCUAGUCGACUUUGAGGAAGAAGGCGUCGAACGUGUCCUCACUGCUGAAGAAGACGUACAAGAGGAAAUGCAUGAGUUGAAGUUCAAUAAAUGGCUUAUGGCUGUACAAUUAUUACUCGGACCACUUUUUUGCGUCGCGGUGUUGUUCUCGGGCAUGGAGACGCAUCGUGAAAUGUGGUUGCUUAUUGCCACAGCUAUUGGAGGAGUUGCAGCUGCGCUACUUGUACUUGCUUUUGCGGAACGAGGGAACGAUCCCGUUGCACAGAUGGCACGAUGUUUCAUGGGUUUCUUCGUCGCUGUAGUGUGGAUUAUGGCCAUUGCUGACGAGGUCGUGAACGUCCUGAAGACCUUUGGCUUCAUUUUCGGCCUGAGCGACGCCAUCAUCGGCCUUACAAUUUUCGCCGUCGGUAACUCCCUCGCAGACUUCGUUGCCAACAUCUCCGUCGCAACCUUCGCCCCAGUGAUGGGAUUUUCUGCCUGCUUCGGUGGACCCAUGCUCAACAUCCUCCUCGGUGUCGGUGUCUCGGGAUCUGCCGUCAUAUCGCACGCCAACGGUGCUCCCUACCCUCUAGAUUUCAGUACAACGCUUGUGGUAAGUACCAUCGGGCUCCUCGUGCUACUCGUAGCGACACUCGUCGGUGUACCCUUGAAUGGUUAUCAUUUGACGAGACCUUGGGGAAUAUUCCUCGUGCUUUCGUAUAUUGUUGUCAUGAUUAUCAACAUUACUGUUGAGGUGAGGCGGUAGCAUUUCUAGCAUCUGCAUACACGUUUUGCUUGUUGUGCUUUGCUCUCCGUCUGUUCAUCGCAUUUGUUGUUGUCAUUUUUUGUCUUCCUGCUUUGCAUGGACUACUGUAUGCUUAUCCAUUCCCACUUCUCUUGUCCAUAUCAAUGCGCUUUAUUCAAUUCUUACUGUGCACUUCUAAAUUUGAUACAUGGAAUGUACGUACUGGAUACAGGCUGUUCAUAUAAGGAAUACAUACUGUACUGUAACUGUGAGCGACAUAAAGGAAUCAAGGUGAACCCGCGGCACGGGAAUAAAGCAAAGAUAACAACGACAGGAUAUACCUGUAAGGUCCUUUUCGCCAUGACAUUACGUUGAGUAAUCGUGCUGUGCCUCGAUCACAUCAAGGACAUCUUCGGUCUUUUCCUUGCUCUCAUCCGCUUUCGUUUCCU